UUUAUUUCAUUCUUUCCCGAUCAAUUGGUCCGGAAUUUGGUGCGUCGAUUGGUAUUAUAUUAGCAUUUGCUAACAUUUUAUCAGUGGUUUUGAACACAAAUAUGUUUUGUUCAUUUUUAUAUUCAUCACUAUAUUCAAAUGAUAUACUCAAUAUAAUAAAUUCAAACUUAUCAACUGGAGCAUUAGGAGUAGUAUCUAUAGUAAUUAUGAGUAUACUUGGUUGUAUAGGCAUGGAUAUAGAAGCUGAAGUACAAUAUGCUCUGCUAAUAACGAUAAUUGUUGGUAUUUUUAACUUAAUUAUUGGCUCAUAUAUUCGYCCAAAAAGUGAUUUAGAAAUGGCACCCGAUUUCACUGGAUAUAACAUGAAAAACUAUUUAGAUUAUGAAAAUUUUAAAUACUUUUUAAUGAUUUUCACGCGUUUCUUCCCAACUGUAACUAGUAUAAACGCUGGAGUAAAAUAUUCACCRGAAGAUCUYAAAGUAAUGUUAUAUCAAUAUAGUAUUAUAAUAAUAAUAUUAAUUUGACAACAGAUCUCAUAAUCUCAAUAUUUUUUUAGGA